GGACACAUCCACACAUAACAUUCCAGUGGAUGAUGUCAGGGUCCGGCAGGAAGAGGGUUGUUCAUUUUCCUAAAAUGACGCUCUGACAGAGAAAAUUAAAUAAAAAAUAAAAUAGAAUCUGGCCUGACAGAGUAAAAAGUCCACGGUUUCAGAAUUCGAUGUUCCCUUCUGGCUUCACGUCUUGUUUUUUUUUUUACUUCUUCUGGCUAGAAUUGUUUUUUCAGUAAUCGCUGGAAAUACAGCGCUCAAAAACGAGGAUACUACCUACAAGAUUAGGAGUCAAGUGUUGGAUAUAACAGAUAGCGAUGCCUCUUCCAGUUAGUGAUUAGUAAAUGUCAAAUUGCCACGGGACAGACAGAAACGGACUGAGGGAAACGUGUCUCGACCCUGGAGCGGGUGACCUGUGAAGUCAUCGGAUUCCUGAGAAAGAGGACGAAAGAAAGAAGUUGAGGAGAGCUCGCCUAGCAGUAUACUUCAGACCGGCCGGUUAGCAGGACGCAUAGGAAGGAGCUGCUUUGCAAGCGCGGACUGGCCCUAACAAAAUGAGGGUUUGCUCACUGCCCCUGAGUUCGAGAGAAGCCCCCGCUGAUCGCGGAGAAUUUGGAUUUUAAACAAGGGGUAUACUGACUUGAGAUCUUUACUGUUCGAAACAUAAUAAAUAAGUAUUGAAGCGGUAAAGUAGUGUUUUAAAGUAAUUAUAUGCGCAGUUUUAGCGCUUACUGAGGGCUGCUGGGCGACUGUCACUCACUUGCACAGCGCGACAGGGCGGGUUCCGGCUCCCCUACGGCCAGCAUGCUGGACUGAAAUAGGAUGGCUUCUGCAGUUUUUGAGGGCACGUCUCUGGUGAAUAUGUUCGUGAAGGAUUGCUGGGUCAAUGGGAUUCGGAGACUAAUCAUCAGCAAAAAGGGCGAGGAGGAAGAAUUUUUCGAGAUCAGGACAGAGUGGUCUGACAGAAACAUUCUUUAUCUUCACCGGAGUUACUCAGACUUGGGACGGCUGUUCAAAAGGCUUUUGGACUCUUUCCCUGAAGAUCGUGGGGAACUUUCUCAGUGCGCAUUGCUGGAAGGUCUUAUGAAAAUUAAGGAAGCUCAUGACAUUGAAGCCCGGUUAAACGAGGUGGAGAGGCUUCUGAAAAAUGCAAUAAAUAUGCCCUGGAAGUACUCCAGGUCUGAAGUGGUUCUUACUUUCUUUGAAAGAUCUCCGUUAGAUCAAGUAUUAAAAAAUGACAACAUCCACAAAAUACAGCCCUGCUUCCAGAGCCCAGUGAAAAUAUCUGAAAUUAUGAGGUCAAAUGGAUUUUGUUUAGCCAAUACAGAAACAAUAGUUUUUGACCAUAGUCUACCAAAUGGCAAAGAACAUCACCAUUCAAUGGACUCAGAUGAGCAAAUAUUUGAGAAUGGCACCGACUUCAUUCCAGAAUUUAUUCCAGAUACAGAGAACAAUGAAGAUGAUCCAGAGGCUUAUGUUACUAAUCUGUCCUACUAUCAUCUUGUACCAUUUGAGACUGACAUCCUGGAGUAAAACUUCACAGACAUGGAUUCUUUAUGAAAAGUUCUUUUUUUUUUAUAUGAGAGCCAGAUCUGUGCUUAAUGUUACACACAUGGCUGGCUUAGAAAGAACGUAAGCCUUUCAGCUUCAUACUCAGAUGUGCCUCAUUGUCUCUAGCCAGAGACGGAAAUGCCUCUCAGCCACAUACAAUGUGUAUGACUUAAGAUUUGGUCUGGAAAGAACUGCUUGUAAUUUUUAUUCCUUUUUGUGUUUUUGCAAAAUAGUUAGUGCCCAGUGUGUUUACGUGUGUGGAUUCAACUCUGACCCUCAUAAGGGGGAAACUGUGUUGGAAAACAGAUGAAUCUGUAGUACUUGUCAUUAUCAUACAGUUUUUAUACAGAAUCUUAAAUAAGCCAGGAAAAUUUAUAUUGGAACUAUUAACUGCAGAAACUAAUGGAUCAGAUAUACACUAGUACUGAGUGGAACCCUGGUUUACAAACAAGAUUUUUCACUACAAAUUCAAAAAACAGAAGAAAAAGAAAGAAAAGUGAGUUUAUUUAAACAGUACUAUGAAAACUUUGAAAAAAAUCAACAAAAGUUCAGGCAACAGCCUUCAACUUCCAAGUCACUCCAUGAUGAUUCAGUUUCUAGUGCAGACUGGGUCAUAAUACUAGAUGACCUGGAUAAAAUGCCUGGUGUAUAUUUGUGCCUUUCUAAUAUUUUCUUGUGAAAAUGAUGUUAACAACAUAUAACUUUGCCAAACAUCUUUGGCUGAGUGCUCGCGGACUGCACUGAUACACAUGUGUAGAUGCCAAGCAAAAAACUCUCACCCUGUAUGGUCUGCGUGAAGAAAAUAAGGUCAGAAAUUAUAUUUUAGCUUUGUAUUUUUCCAAUCAUCUUUGUUCAGAGAAGCAGUUUUAAAAUAUGUAUGUCAUGCACAAAGAAUAAUAUGCAAGUGACAGUAAAAAGAAUGCAUUAAUGUGAAAUCUGAGAGAUUAUAUGAAGGUUAGAGCUAUCUAUGCCCUUACUCAGCUAAAGAAAUUUUAAAAGCGAAAUUAGUGGCGUCAAGCCAAACAGGCUGAGAAAUGUUGUUAAAGCAUCCAUUAUUUUAGAUAAAAGACUAUUCCUUAUUUAAAGGCUAAAUCCAAUGGAUAUUUACUAAAAGUAUUUCUUUUUUUCUUAUCUGAUUAUGUCUUUGUAAAUUAACUUGAAAUUAAAUUUAUUUGUCAAAAUAAGCUGCUUGGACCAUAUUAAAUUAAGAGGAAAACUUUUGUAAUAUACUUUUUUAACUGCAUGCCAUAAAGUGUUUUCUUGUACUAUGCCAAAAAUAGAUUUUGUAACAAAGAGGCAAAAUUUCCACAAGCUGAAAAAAUGUUUUUCUGCUAAUAUGAUGUGAAUGUUUGUUUAAUAAUUCCAGGAAAAUUGCACAGUUUCAUAACACUGCAUGAAAAAGCAGUGUACUAUUAAAUAUUCAUGAAUUCUUUAUUUAUGAAGUUUUCUUGAAUCAACAACGAGUAAAGCAACAAGUGUUGAGGCUCUGGACAGCUCUUUUACCUGAUAUUUUAAGUCAAUUUUAAUGUAAUAAAAAUAAAAUAUUUUAAUACUAAAA